CGCCAAAGUCAAAUCAGUUUCAAACGCUGCACGCCGUCGUGUUUGGACGAUCGUUCUUCUCGCAAACAUUCCUGAAUUAAACUCAGGUUUUGACAUUUGAUUUACCCGAUUGUUUUAAGACAUCUUAGAUUAAGGAAGAUCAACAUACCAGAGCUGUGCUUGCACUGUUAAAAGCAAAUAAUGGAGCAAGUAGUAAGAAAGAGUAACAAGGAGAACUCCAAACCAGUUUAUGGCUCAAGAAAACAGGGCAUCAGUACCACCGCCUCAAAACAAAGAGUAUUGUGUAAAUCUACACUCCUUCAAUCUAAGAAUGGUAAGGGAGAUCAUUCUGGAAAAGGAGAGAAGGAAAAAGACGCAAGGCCAAAGACAAGCACCAAUGAUGCCAACCCAACCAAACGGAACACGCUAAGUCAGGCCUUCCGUACCCAGCAAUCUGUUAGAACCAGAAAGCUUGUGGAAGAAGUUCAAAAACAACCUACUACACUCCAGAAAUCCAAACCUGGUACCUACAAAGGCCGUGUGAUAGAGUCUAAAAUAGACUGUUUCAGAAAACCCAGUGGUGAUGUGAAGACCACAGAAAUUAAAGCGAUUUCGAAGGCAGAUCUAACCAAAGUGCCUAAAGUCAGAUCUAAGUCUGUCACCUCCCUGUCAGCAUCCAUACGACCAACACUCAACUCUGCUUUUCCAUCAAGACCGAAAUCUGUGUCUGAUGUUCCUCGGCAGGUUGCAGAAAAACCAGUCCAGAAAUCUGUUUCCCAAAAACAGAUCCCACUGAAGGUUCCAGGCUCCGUCCGUCCAGCAGGUCCCCGCCAGGUACAUGCUCCUCCCAGGACAGCCCCUCUAACUACAGGGCGCUUGGUCACCAGCAAACCAAUUGCCUCAAAGCAGAAUGUGGUGGUGGUACAGAGGGCUAAACCCAAACCUGCUGUGGCAAACACUGAACAGAAAGUCGGCAGGCCCGUCACCAGUACAAUCAGCAAGUACAGGAUGCAAAUGGAGACGGCUGAUGAAAGAAGGGCAAAGCUUGCAGACUGGCUGGCAUCAAAGGGGAAGACUAUAAAGAGGCCUCCAAUUUCAGAAACGUUGCCUAACAAUUCACGCAAACCAGUUCCACUGUCCAAACCUGGACCCAAGUCCACCAGCUUUGUCAAGCAAAAGCCUGUUACCCAGCCUGAGUCUGUAAGACCAGCUCAUGAAAAGACGCCAGACAGCCAGAUCGAUGAUAUUAAAGUUUCUGAGAGCAAACCAGUACAGUCCAACAGACAAAGUAAUAUUUUGAAUACCACACUAGAUUUGCUUGACAACAGCGAUAUGGAUCUGCCGGUCAACCCAGAGAUCAGGAUGGAGUCUGUUGUACUUAACUUGUGUGAUAAAUUGGAGGCAAUGGAAACACCAUCAUCAUAUACAGAGACUGAUGAGUUGGAAGGUGAAAGGAUGGAAGUGCUUGUAGAGUCCCAGGAAAUUGACAAUGUGUUUGAAAUUGUGGAGGAGGAAGAACGGGAGGAAGACGAAAGCUAUAAGGAGGCUGCUGUAAAGCAUGAAGACAAAGAAGCAAAAGAAAAGAAGCCAUAUGAGAGUGAGGACAGUGAGGAGGAGAUAAGUACCACAACUCCAGAGAUGGAAGGGGCUUCCAUUGUGAAGUACAGUGUGAAAACAACUCCAUAUCUUCAAAGUGUGAAAAAGAGAAUCGAAUGCCAAUCUGCUCCAGGCAGCGGCUCACGCCACAGAAGCACUAUUAAGGACCUGAAGUUCUUUACACCUGUGCGACGAUCUACACGCAUCCAGCGCAAGUCCUCACGUCUGCCAGGUAUGCUGAAUGACCACGACACUUGUGUCUCCUCAUUGGCCGAGCUGGUGCAACUGGAAGAUGCAGAUGCACAUGCAUACAUCUACAGAAAAAACCCCGCCCUGAUGGAGGACCUUCCUGAUCACCCUGUAUCCAUUGGAAAAGUUUGCAGUUAAGGACUGUAAGCUGAUCUAAUAUUUAGAAAGGGUCACUUGAGUUGUGAACCUAAGAAUCGGACUCAUUGCACAUGUAAUGCUCACAUCGUAACCAUUUUAGUUGUUUCACGUCCUCCCCUUGUAUAUCUAAGAAAAAACGUUUUUAAAGCUGUUCUUGCACCUCAGACAACAAGGUCACAUCUAUAAAUGUAUUAUUGAUAGUUAGAAAAAGAAAUUCAAGAGGGGUGAAAGCCUAACAGAAAAAUAUCACAAAUAACCACAAUGACAGAAUUCUGUUGUUAAAUAACAAAUUAAAAACAGAAGUACCAUAACACUCUGGACAUGUUGUAACACUAUUAAUAAUUAAAUUUUGUAAUAUUUAUGUGUUUGUUGCGUUGGGCUGCUAUAUAGAAUAAACUGUUAACCGUAUUAGUAGGCUGAACAGCUAAAGGAGAAUAAUAUAAUUUAUGAGCACUAUUUGUGAAAACCUCUACUGUAUCUAUGCCAUGUUAACAUGAAGGUCAGAGGUUUCUGUGUGUUACUGACUCAUUGUGGAUGUAAUAGCUAUUUUGGGUACUUUAUAACAUUAACAUCAAAUUGUGUUCUUUAUUGUAAAAUAGGAUUCUUGGAAGUUUUGGUUAGAAAAGAUAAGUAUCAAAAGAAAGAACAGAGAAUUGUUUUACCCACAAACAUAAUCUCUUUAUGUACUCAACGCUACAGUUGUUACUGAUCAUUUUGUAUUUGUGCAAUUUCUUCCUGAACAUGCAAUGAAAGUUUAACAUUUGAGCUCGUUUAUUAUUAUCUGUAAAGAAUUCCAUUAAUACUUCAUUAUUGACUAUGUCUUUUUAAAGGCAGGAGCAUUUGCUGUAUUUUAAUUUGAACCAAAAACAUGUUUUAUGCACCAUGAAUGUUAAUAAAGUGUUUCUGAGUGUUC